AUGUUGUCCAAAAGAACUCCAGAGAGUCCAAUUCCGGGCCGGUAUCGCGCGGCAAAGGCCUCAGCUUUCACGCUGCAGUCGCGCAGGGUUCCUCGCGAGAGAACCAGAGACCGGGCACCCAAAGACAAAGAGCGAGAUAGUUCGGGUUCGGGCUCUGGCUCGAUUGGCAGUAAGACUCGACCAGUCGAGCAGCGUCGAAGAUUCGAUAAACCCCCAGAUGUAACAAUACCCCCAACAAGCCCGAUAGUGAUGCUCCGUGUGGGCCCCGAAAAGCGACUCUUCGCAGCCCACGAAGCCAUCCUCCGCACAUCCCCCUUCUUCGCCGCGCACUGCACAGCCCAAACACCCAACCCGAAUGCGCCACGCCCUAGACUCGCCCAGCAAUCCCCAAGCAAGCGCAUCGACCUCCCAGAUGAACAAGCUGAAGUCCUCUCCUGCGUCCUCGAGUACCUCUACAAGGGCGACUACUACCCGCGCCUGCGACACAACAGCCGGACCCAGACUUGGGAACUAGAAGACGCAGAUGCGGGCGUUGGUGCUGGCACUAGUGGUGAAUUGGGACAGGCGACGGCGACGGUGUUUCAUCAUCGGGCGCGGGGGGUGAUAUUGCGGGAUACGGCUAUUUACUGCGCAGCAGAAAAAUACAACCUCCCCCAUCUCCAGCGUAUCGCACUGCGCAAGCAAGGUCUACACACUGGAAUCCAGUGUAGUACGAUUCUUGCGAGUGCGCGGUUCGCGUACGCCAACACGCCGGAUACGGAGUCGAAACUGCGGGCGCAUUACCUUGCGCUGAUUGUGCGAUCUAGGGGCACUUUUAUGCGUAGUGGGACUAUGCAGGCGGAAAUGGAGCGUGGGGGGAAGUUGUUUUUUGAUCUUUUUGUUGCUUUGUGUAAUCAUAUGGAUGACUAUACUGGUCAAUCGGUUGACAGUUCGGCUGUUACGACUCACUGUUAG